GGGAAUUAGACAGUAAACAUGCGCGUGAGGAUUAUUCUGUUCUAGUAUAUGAUACCGAUUCUGGUUUCCUCGGUCCAUGGACGGGCUACCCUCCCAGUCGACCCUGUCUGCACCGAAUUCGCUCGAUGCUGAGAAGAAGCUAUGUACGGCCGUGUUGGUUGUUUCGACGCUUUCGGUCCUCGGUGGAGGAUGGAUCAUCUUGAGUUUCAUUGUUGUUCCGUCGCUCCGCACUUUUCGACAUCAAUUGAUCCUCGGCCUGGGCCUAAGUGACUUCAUGAUGGCGCUAAACGUCGUGCUAUCAACGAGCAUGAACCUCUCCGGCCGCCAUAUCUGGGCAGAGGAGCAGCACGCGUUUUGCAGCUUCAAUGGUUUCAUGAAUCAGAUGUUUGUUAUACAGACCGACUAUUGGAUCCUCAUCAUCGCCGUCUGCACAUACCUCAUCCUAAUGGACCACACGGCCACCGCGUCCUGGAUCCAAGAGUACCGCGUCGUGCUGUGGUGUCUGCCUUGGAUACUAUCGACACUUUGGGCGACGCUCGGGCUCGUCCUUGUUGGGUAUGGGAAUAUCGGGGCCUGGUGCUGGUUCACAAGCGACCGCAUCCGCCUCCUCGUAAACUUCACACCCCGCUGGGCGAUAAUCGUCAUAAUCCUCGCCCUCUACACGCGGCUGUGUAUCUUCCUCUACCGGUCGCACAAGUCGAUAUCGAGCGACUACGAGAUCAGCGCGAGUGCGCUGCCGACGGAGCUGCAGCAGUGGCAGAUACUUGAUGGGCAGGCGGGGAUUCCGGGGAAUUGUGAGGCUCACUCGGUGUAUCCGAGUGCGACGCCAUUGAAGAAUAUAUCCCGGCGCAUGAUGAUCUAUCCGACUGUGUACGCGCUUAUUUGGGUCAUCCCGACUGCGGUGCGGAUCUAUCAUGGGACGACGGGGAGGCAGGCGCCCGUGGCGUUGAGCAUUAUUGAUAAUUCCUGCAUCAUCAGUCAUGGGCUCGCUGAUGCGAUUAUCUAUGGUUCGUGCCAUCUAUAUAGUAAAAAGUCAGCGCGGCUAAUAUAUAUAGGUGCGAAUGAGCGAGUGAGGAAUGGCUGGUUGGAGAAGCUGCAUUGGCGCUGGCGCUGGCCGUGGAGGAAGGAUGUCCAGGUUGUCUAAUUAAUAGAGCCCGA